UUAUCACGAUAAAGCAGCUGUACUGGCUGUGACGCAGACCCGGGUCCUGAUCAUUGAACCUCUCCAACCUUACAAAAGUACCAAUAUGGCUAACCCCAAAGAUGCCGUGAAUCAGAACGCAGUCGCUGUUGGGUUGGAAGACCUAAGAAGUGAGAAAGUAGACUUCUCUCUUCUCGAGGGGGCAUUUGGCCCUGCCAGUCUUGGUAUAAUCGUUGUGAAAGAUCUGCCUGCAAAGUUCCAUCAACUUCGCCAUAAGCUCCUCUCCUACGCAUCUGUCCUGGGCAACCUAUCAGAGGAUGAAUUGAAGAAGCUCGAGUCUCCUGCAUCCAUGUGGCUCGUUGGAUGGUCACGCGGAAAGGAGACGCUCAAGGACGGCAGAUAUGACACCCUCAAGGGCUCGUACUACGUAAACUGUGCGCCUGACUUCGAGAAGACGCAACACUCCGUUGCCGAAAGAUACCCGUCGUUCCCAGAGUACACUGCUCCCAAUGUUUGGCCAUCCGAAGAGCUUCUGCCAGGUUUCGAAGAGACUUUCCGUGAAUUGUGCAUAUUCAUCAUCGACACUGCAGCACUGGUUGCUCGGGCCUGCGACAAGUACGCCGAAGCCAACAUCGAGGGCUACCAGAAGGGUUAUCUCGAGCACGUUGUGAAGACGAGCGUGUCGACCAAGGCCAGACUUCUCCACUACUUCCCCAGCCCGGAGUCGUCUGCCGAUGCGAGCGUUGAUGAGGACGACUGGUGUGCCACACAUAUCGACCAUGGCUGUCUCACAGGUCUGACAUCCGCCAUGUUCGUUGACGAGGCCGCGCAUCACCCACAAACUGGUUCCGCGUUUGCACCACUCAAGGAGCUUGAGCGCUCGCCUGAUCCCAAGGCAGGCCUCUACAUCCACUCCCGGACGGGUCAAACCGUCAAGGUCAGCAUUCCCCGCGACUGUCUAGGUUUUCAGACGGGUGAAGCUCUCGAGAUCAUCACUCAGGGCAAGUUCAAGGCUGUGCCGCACUUUGUGAGAGGCGCCGGACCAGGUGUUGGAGGGAAGGUAGCUAGAAAUACGUUGGCGGUCUUUACGCAACCCAACCUGUGGGAGAAGGUAGAUGAGAGACGGGAUUUCGCAGCCUUUGCCAAGGAAAUUGUAGAAAAGAAUCACUGAGUGGUAGUGCGCAUGACUCGAGUCCUGGAAAGAGUAUUGCAUCUGCAUGUAGAUCAAAUUUAAAGAGCAUGGGGUAUGAUAGACCCUCCAAUAUCUAUCUGGCGUGUCAG